AUAAAUUUAAAAGAUUUUGCAUAACAAACAAUGCUGCUGUUAAAGAAUAUAAAUUUAAUUAAGAAUAUUGCAUUUUCUCAGCAAACUAAAUGCUGUCCAUUGCUAAAUCCAUCAAGAGGCUUUCAUUCAUCACUUUUGCUAUAUGCCCAGAAAGAUCAAAAGGAGAAUCAAUUGGAAUCAAGUGAUAAAAUUCGAGUUUAUUAUGGAACAUUAACGCCACAAAUAAGAGCUGUAAAAGUGUUUUCAUUGACAACAAGUAUUGUUGGAGUUUGUGCACAGCCAGUACUUUAUGAGCAAGCAGUUCGAUUGGGAAGUUCAACGCCAGUCAUUGUUGCUGUUUGUGGCUUCAUUGGAUUCUUCACAUUCAUUACUCCGUUCCUUAUACACAUGAUUACCAAGAAAUAUGUGACUGAACUUCAUUAUGAUAAGAAAAAUAGUGAAUAUAUUGCUUCUGUUAUAACAUUUUACUUGACCAAGAAGCAGAUCAAGUUCAAGCCAGAGGAUGUGUCAGUGCCUGAUAUUCCUGGAAUGUUUGCCUCAUUUAAUGUCAAGGAUAAGGAUUCAAAGAAGUCACAUCCAUUAUUCGUAGAUCCACGACUAUUUGAAGACACCCAGCAUUAUAUUAAAAUCAUGGGAUUCGACAAACCUAUAGACUUCCAAAUGGACUAUGCCGAGAAGGAAAAUACUGAAAAUAAGAAAUAAAUGAAGCAAUAUAAAUAAAUAAGGCAUUAAUGUAUUUAGCA